GUCACGUGUACAUCCAUAGGCGGAAGUGACACUCGACAUCUUGAUGCGGAAGAGAUUCCGAAGAAUUGAAGAUUUCACCAAAAUGAUAACAAAACACUAACCAGAGCUAAUAACGUCGUGUUGUAGCUAUUGCACGUUGAUCUAUUGAGACUAGAGUAAAGUUUUAUUUUGGCAAUUGUACGUAUCCAGCAACCAUGGCUAAUAACAAUUUACAGAAAGCCAUAGAUCUUGCAAGCAAGGCUGCAGAGGAGGACAAAGCUAAAAACUAUGAGGAAGCUCUCCGGUUGUACCAGCAUUCUAUUCAGUACUUCCUUCAUGUUGUGAAGUAUGAGGCCCAGGGAGACAAGGCCAAGCAAAGCAUCAGGGCAAAGUGUGCAGAGUACCUGGACCGAGCAGAGAAGCUGAAGGAAUACCUUAAGAAGAAGGAGAAGGCUCCUCCAGCCAAGCCUGUCAAAGAGUCUGGGUCUGAUGACAAAGGGAAUGAGAGUGAUGAAGGUGAAGGUGACCCAGAGAAAAAGAAGUUCCAAAAUCAGCUCUCGGGUGCCAUCGUCAUGGAAAAGCCAAACAUCAAGUGGAGUGACGUAGCUGGGCUUGAGGGUGCAAAAGAGGCCCUUAAAGAAGCUGUCAUCUUGCCCAUCAAAUUUCCUCACCUCUUCACAGGAAAGCGGACUCCAUGGAGAGGGAUCUUGCUCUUUGGCCCUCCUGGUACAGGAAAGUCUUACCUGGCCAAGGCUGUGGCCACAGAAGCCAACAACUCCACCUUCUUCUCUAUCUCCUCAUCUGACCUGGUGUCAAAGUGGCUGGGGGAAAGUGAAAAGUUGGUGAAGAAUCUGUUUUGCCUGGCCAGGGAGAACAAGCCCUCCAUAAUCUUCAUCGAUGAGAUAGACUCUCUGUGUGGCUCCAGAAGUGAGAACGAGAGUGAAGCAGCCCGCCGCAUCAAGACUGAGUUCCUGGUCCAGAUGCAGGGUGUUGGAAAUGACAAUGAGGGAGUCCUGGUUCUAGGAGCCACAAACAUCCCCUGGACAUUGGACUCCGCUAUUAGGCGAAGGUUUGAGAAGCGGAUCUACAUCCCUCUGCCUGAGGAGCACGCCCGCUCCUUCAUGUUCAAGCUACAUCUAGGCUCCACCCCCAGUGAGCUCAUUGAAUCAGACUAUGUGACCCUUGGUAAGAAGACAGAAGGCUACUCUGGAGCUGACAUCAGCGUCAUCGUGAGGGACGCCCUCAUGCAGCCAGUCAGGAAAGUGCAGUCGGCCACUCACUUCAAACGGGUCCAAGGAUCGUCAUGGAACCAUCCCAACCUCGUGGUAGACGACCUCCUGACCCCAUGCUCACCAGGAGAUCCAGACGCCAUAGAGAUGACCUGGAUGGAUGUUAAUGGGGAGAAACUCAUGGAGCCUGUUGUUUGCAUGGCUGAUAUGCUGAGGUCACUGCACAACACCAAGCCAACCGUGAACGAGCAGGACUUGGACAAACUCAAGAAGUUCACAGAGGACUUUGGUCAGGAAGGCUAACACUCAACCAGAUAAUGCAAACGCAACUUUCCUUUCUCUUGUCGUUUUCCUCCACUGGUUCUCAGGCCUGUUUUUACUACUCUACUUUCUCUCCAAGUUACAAAGGGGUUUCAUGUAUGUUGAUUUGUUUGCUUAUUCUGCUUAUUCUGCUAAUACAUACCCAUAGUACAUUACUUUUUUCUUUUUUUUUACGAAGCCA